AUGAGCACGGGCGAUGUGGUUUGCACUGGCUGGCUUAUCAAGUCGCCCCCUGAAAGGAAGCUCAAGAGAUAUGCCUGGCGGAAGCGCUGGUUUGUGUUGCGGCAUGGUCGGAUGAGUGGAAAUCCUGAUGUUCUGGAAUACUAUCGGAGUGACCAUUCAAAGAAACCCAUUCGAGUGAUUGACCUGAGUGAGGGUGAGGUGCGCAAGUAUGCAGGGCCAGACUUCAUCCGGAGGGAAUUUCAGAAUGACUUUGUGUUUGUUGUCAAGACCAUCUACCGUACUUUCUACCUGGUGGCCAAAACGGAAGAAGAAAUGCAUAUCUGGGUGCACAAUAUCAGCCAGAUCUGUAACUUUGGACAUGGGACCAACAGCACAGAUUCUGCAGAGAGCCUAUCCCACAUCACCUCAUCUCCUCAGCCUUCCCCAGCCAGCUCCUUCCAUGUGUCUCAUGUAGCCAACUCUUCUUUUAAUGCUGAUGACUCUACCACAACUGCCUUCCCUGCUAAGGAAGCCAGAACUGACUUUGAAGCCCUCUCAUUGCCUGACUAUCUGGUUCUGGCCCACUGUGAGACGAGAAAACUCAACCCCAGCAGUAGAUGUGACGCCUGGUCAAAUUCAGACCGAUCCCUGGAACAAACUUCAUCUGAUGAGGUCUUUGUCGACUCCCUUCAGUCCCAGGCAUCCAAUCACAUGCUGCCCUCUUUGGGCAGUGGGAAUGGGCUUCAGGAUGUGGCACCCCCUGGGGGCCAUGCAGCUUUGGCUGGCUGUAUCAGUUUCAGUGGCCCAUCCAGCGACCGCUCAUCACCUUUGCCUUUGCUAGGGAGCCCCAUAGCGCCCACCUUUCAGGUGGCCAAGGGCCCACCCAUGUUCUCCUGUGGAAUAACAGGAGAAAACAUACCAAAUACUCCACCCCCUCGGCCUCCCAAACCGAGCCAUUUCAUGGAACAGCGCCAAGAGGAGAGGCCCCUGUGGGAUGGCACUAGCAGCAGCGUCACUAGCAGCAGCAGGAGGACUCAGUGGGUUGGAGUUCCUCGAAGAAUCUCCUUGUCCAGUUUAGAUGCUGUCAAAAGUUAUAGAGCUGACAGAGAAGGCAGUUCCCUGCGCUGCCAGCGAGACAAGAGGCUCAGUUUGAAUUUGCCCUGUCGCCUCACCUUGCCACCAUCCACCCUGCCAGGAACCUCUGAAGACAGCUAUGUCCCCAUGCAUCCAAGCAUCUCUUCUGCUGGCCCUGGCCCAGAAAGCAAUGCUGAUGGUUACAUUGCAAUGAGCAGCCCUGAUAGACUCUCCAACCCCCUGGCAGAGCUGCCCACGGACAUGGAGCCACCCCCAGUGAAUCGAGACCUGAAACCCCGAAGGAGAUCACGCCCCCCCCCUCUGGACCUGGGGAACCUCUCUACCAUCCGGGAGCACUCAGCCCUGACCAGAACUUGGACUGUGCCUUACAACCGAACCAGCUUUCUCUCUCCAGAAAGAGAUGGGAUUAAUUCUGCAAGAUUAUUUGCCAAUUCAGUUUCCGGAGAAGAGGAAGAAAGUUACAUUCAAAUGGAACACAGACAAGGACACUCCCCCUGUGAGGGCACUUUUUCUUGGCCAAAGAAAUUCAGCCUGGAUUACUUAGCCUUGGAUUUUAAUCCAGCUUCUCCAUCUCUGGUGCUCAAGAAACCUUUGAUUUCAGAAGAGCAUCGAGUCGACUACGUCCAAGUAGAUGAGCAGAAAACUCAAGCCCUGCAGAACACUAAGCAGGAAUGGACUGAUGAGAGGCAGGCCAAAGUGUGA